AUGGCGAAGCGGCAGUCCCUUCCAUGGUGGCUCAACGGCUGCAAGCUAGACAAGAAGACGAAGGCGAUCCUAGAACUGAUCGAAGAAGAAGCCGAGUCUUUCCUACAGAGUGCAGAACGGUACGCCAAGAAGAGACCAGAGCUCAUACACAUGAUUGAGGAUUUCCACUUAGCAAACAAAUUGUUGGCUCAGCGAUAUGAUCGACUCAAGUCAGAAAUGAAAAACCAUCACAAUGUGGAUCUUACACUCCCGAUGUCGAGCGGGUGCUACAUAGGUAAGUUAAUUGAGCAUAUCUAUGUAGCACAAGCAUUGGGCACAUACGACGGUGGUGAAUCUGAAGUGUCAGAUGCGGAAGAGGUGAUGGAGAAUGGAGUUGAAGACAGUGAGGCGAUGAAUGGAGAGGUUGAAUGGUUGAAGCUGGAUAACCAGAUGCUAAUGGACGAAGAACCCCAAUCUUGCUCACCAUUGUGUAUGUAUAGUAGUGAAGAAUCUGAAUUGUGUGAAGCAAAAGAAGCAAAUGAUGGAGUUGAUGACGAGGAGGCGGCGGCGGCGGCGAUGAUUAAGGAGAUUGAGAAGUUGAAGAUGGAGAACAAAAUGUUAAAGGCUAAAGCAGAAGCGAGAGAUGAAAGAGAAAAGAGAAGUCAUAAGGCAGCUUUGUUUGUCAAUUAG